ACAUGUUUCGCUUUUCAGCUAUUGUUGGAUUUUAGCGCGAUUGUACUCGCUCGGCCACCGUAGUUGAAACACGUGUGAAGCCGUUUCUGUUCUGUGUGCAAGUUACUGCUUGAAAACUCUGUAACGGCGUUGUUCAUUGGAUCUGUUACAAUGAGUGACAGUGACGAUGAUGUGCCUCAGCUCUCCACGGCGACACUUGCUGCGUUGCAAGAGUUUUAUGCUGAGAGUGGAAGGACGGGACUGGAACAAGAAUCGAUCCAGACCGACAAGUUCUGUGUUGGUGCCGUGGAGGAAGACUGGCGCAUGAGUCAGUUCUGGUACAGUGAAGACACGGCCACACGGUUAGCAGAGGAAGUCAUGCAGCAGGCUGGAGAACAUGGAAGGAUAGCUUGUAUAAGUGCACCAAGUGUGUAUCAAAAGCUGAAACAGUUGGAAUCCAUGAGGUCAGAUAGUGUGUCUGCUGUUUUGCUGGAGUUUGACCGACGUUUUGCAGCAUAUGGAGAAGAGUUUGUCUUUUAUGAUUACAACAACCCUCUGUGCCUCCCUGAGGAUCUCCUUCCUCAGAACUUUGACAUUGUCAUCGCAGACCCUCCAUAUCUCUCCGAGGAGUGUCUCAGCAAGGUGUCACUCACUGUUAAAUACCUCACUAAGGGCAAAAUCCUGCUCUGCACAGGAGCUAUUAUGGAGGAGCAUGCUGGCAAACUUAUGGAUCUGAAGAUAUGCAGUUUUUUACCGAAACACAAUCACAAUCUGGCUAAUGAGUUCCGCUGCUACGUUAACUAUGAAUCAAGACUUCUCUCAUGAAAAAGGCUUUCAAUCUGACAACAUUUGAACUUUGUUUUUUCCAUCAAACAUCAGAAGAUGAUUAUUUGGAACAAUAAAUAUUCCGGAGAAUAGCAGGAUCCAGAUAUUAUAGCUAAGAAUUUGGCUCUUGAUCACAGAUUUGCGAUCAGUAUUUGAUUAUGCUUUGGCUGAGUUGCAUUGUCGAUUGCACACAUCUUUUAAAGUUGCAGUCAUAGAAUUGAAGCAAACUAUUUCAGACUGUUUAACUUCGUUUUAAAGCAUAAAAUGGGCCUAGAAGUGAAUGUUUGAAAUGCAUUUGUAUAUAAUAUAUCAUACACUAGAAUUGUGUGUUACCAGUGUUUUUAUUAAAGUAAUCAUAAGAGGACUGACACAAACUCAAGCUGAAUAAUAUGUCUUCUUGUAAAUGAUAUCCAAUGAAUGGUUAUGACACUCAUGCUAGCUUUUAAAAGAAGUGUUUCUAGUGAUCUUCUGUAUACUUGCAUACAGCUGGACUGAGUUAUUUAACAUCAUGAUGCUGACUGGCUUUUCCCAAGUACUUUGGAUUAAUAAAUGUUUGUAUUUUGGCA